GGCGGAGCGCGCGCUGCGCCGAGCGGACGCGCCUCCCCGCCUAGGUGCUGGCCGAGCGCGGGGCGGGGAGGCGAGCGAGGCGGCGGCGGCGAGCGCGGACUGAAGUGGUGGUUGCUGACACCUGGAAAUUCCCCUGAAGGUGGAGCACCACCCAACCCCCCUGGGUCCCACCCUCCCUCAAGGCCUCCUCCACCUCCACCUCCACCCCGCCUGGCCUGGCGUCCACCUCUUCGGCUCCUGCCUGGGUGCGAUCGAGUUAAAUGGCUGAUAAGCAGAUCAGCCUGCCAGCCAAGCUCAUCAAUGGCGGCAUCGCCGGGCUGAUCGGGGUCACCUGCGUGUUUCCCAUCGACCUGGCCAAGACCAGGCUGCAGAACCAGCAGAACGGCCAGCGCAUGUACACGAGCAUGUCCGACUGCCUCAUCAAGACCAUCCGCUCUGAGGGCUACUUCGGCAUGUACCGGGGAGCUGCUGUGAACUUGACCCUCGUCACCCCCGAGAAGGCCAUCAAGCUGGCAGCCAACGACUUCUUCCGACAUCAGCUCUCGAAGGACGGGCAGAAGCUGACCCUGCUUAAAGAGAUGCUGGCGGGCUGUGGGGCUGGCACCUGCCAGGUGAUCGUGACCACACCUAUGGAGAUGCUGAAGAUCCAGCUGCAGGAUGCAGGGCGCAUUGCCGCCCAGAGGAAGAUCCUGACUGCCCAGGGCCAGCUCUCAGCCCAGGGGGGUGCCCAGCCCUCAGUGGAGGCUCCAGCUGCCCCUCGGCCCACGGCCACCCAGCUGACCCGUGACCUGCUUCAGAGCCGCGGCAUUGCCGGUCUCUACAAGGGACUUGGGGCCACGCUGCUCAGGGACGUCCCCUUCUCUGUGGUGUACUUCCCGCUCUUUGCCAACCUGAACCAGCUGGGCCGCCCGGCGUCCGAGGAGAAGUCGCCUUUCUACGUGUCCUUCCUGGCCGGCUGUGUGGCUGGGAGUGCCGCCGCUGUGGCCGUCAACCCCUGUGACGUGGUGAAGACGCGGCUCCAGUCACUUCAGCGAGGCGUCAACGAGGACACCUACUCUGGGAUCCUGGACUGUGCCAGGAAGAUCCUGCGGCACGAGGGCCCCUCGGCCUUCCUGAAGGGCGCCUACUGCCGCGCGCUGGUCAUUGCACCCCUUUUCGGCAUCGCACAGGUGGUCUACUUUCUGGGCAUCGCGGAGUCCCUGCUGGGGCUGCUGCAGGACCCCCAGGCCUGAGCCCAGCGCCCGCUCCACCCCAGCCAGCCGGGCAGGGCCGGUGGGGCUGGAGCCAGGCAGCUAGCCCAGGACGGAGCAAGGGAAGACCCCUCCCCAGCCCUCCCGUCGGCAGGGGCAGCAGGGGGCGGGGUGCAGGGUCCACAUAGGUGGUGCACACGCGAGCCCCCCGGGGUGCUGCCUGCACUGUUGGGAUCAAUGUCUUAUUUAUGUAGAAAAUGCAGAAAUCUUUACAUUCCUCAAGCUAGCCCCUGCCCCAAUCCUGCCCUGGCCUGAACACCCCCAGGGACAGAGCUGGUCUCUGGGCUGGGGGCCCCCGGUCCUGGGCCGGGCAGGCUGGACCAUACCCCCAGCCCACCGGCUCCAGUCUCCACAGCCGUCCUGGUCCACACAGGGACCCUGCACAAACCUAUUUAUUGAAUCUGCUGGGCCCAAGCGGCUCUCCAGCCCUUCCGUCCUUCCCCAGCCGCUCUUGUCGCCUUGGCAGGACUUGACUCUGCCUCCCUGGCCAGCCUUGCAAGAGGACUGGGGUCCCCUGCCCUCUCUGUUGAGCCAGGAAUCCCAAGUGAGGGGUUGCCCUGGGGUCUGACUCUCAGGGCAAGCCCGCCACCCACUGUGGGACUUUCUGGUGGGCUCCUCAGCUCCCACCCCAGGCUGGGGCCCAGAUUGUGAAGUCUGUGUGCGUGUGUGUGUGUGCAUGUGUGUGUGUGUUGUGGGGAUCUGGCCUGGCCCCUGGGGAUGGGGCUGCCGGGGACUGCCCCCCUUCCCGCCAUGGCCAGGCGCUCUGUGUGCUGUGUGUGCCCCAGGCUCUGUUGACCCCGUCCAGGAACUUACUUACCCAGCCUGGCCUCUCCUGAGUCCUCCACCCUGGCUUGAGAUUGGCCAGGGAGCAGGGCAGGCAUUGGGACCAGUGUGGAGCCUGAGGGUGCCUGCCCUGCUCUGGAGGGAGGGCCAGGAGCUGCCACCCCCCAAAAGUCCUCUCAGGGCCCACCCUCCUUUUUCGGCCUCUGCUCUGCAUGAGGCCCCCGGAUACACUGCAGAAGCCCCGUCCUUCCCAUCUCCGGGCAUAAGGCCCCUGACCACACUUCAGAAGCCCCAUCCCCCCUGCCUCCAGGCCCAUCCCUGCUGUGAGUGGAAGCUCUCCCUGCCCCGCCCUGGCCAUGUGAUCGUGUUGGUGACAGACCCUGAUGUGCUGGUGCUGUGUCCCCAAAACCGGGGCCCUCCACAGAGGCCCCUUCCCAGCGACACUACCUGGGGCUCAGGCCUGGACCCCCCCAGUUCACGGUUGCUCCUGGGAGCUGCCCCUCCCAUCACAUCAGAACCUUGGAAGCUGCUGCUGCUGCUUACAGAAUUAUAUUUUUUUGUUUUGAAGAGUUUUAAGAAGUUGUAACUUUUUGUGUCUUGUCAUGUCAGAGGAUAAAUAAAUAUUCUAAGUAGA